CCGGGGCCGUCCCCGCCCCGGAAGGCGGCGGCCGCGCCAAUCGGCGGGGCUGUUGCUGGGCGGUGCGGGUGACAUUGGGCUCGGCCAUGGUGGUGGCGGCGCUGGGCCGGGCGGCGGGGCGGCUGCUGCGGGCCGGGGCCGCCGUGCCCGGGCGGCGGCGCGCGGGCGGCGGGGUGCACAUCCCGCCGCGGUACCGGCAGUUCCCGGAGCUGACGCGGGCGCAGGUGAUUCGCGGCGAGGUGCUCAGCGGCUUCAUGUGGUUCUGGAUCCUGUGGCACUUCUGGCACAGCUCGGACAUGGUGCUGGGACACUUUCCGUAUCCCGACGCUUCGGCGUGGACGGACGAGGAGCUCGGCAUCCCCCCGGACGAUGAGGAGUAGCAGCACACCGGUUCCUGGAACUAAUUGAGGCCCCUGGAACUAAAUAUUUGGCUCCUGGGUCCUUAUGUCAAUAAAACUGCAACAAAGUCUAA